AGGCGAGCCUCCGCGCAGACAGCAGUCUUCCCGCCGACACCCGCCCCCGGGUCUCCGCUCCUCGCCGGACCACAGGACCUGCAGACUCAAGCAUGAAGAGGUUCGCGGCGACUCUGCUGGUCGUCAUGGCGACGGGCUGUCUGGCGGGGCCAGUGGCGAGGGGGGAGGGCGCAGACGCGCCGCGUUGGCGCAGCAGGGGCAAGUCGGAGCUGGAGGCCAAGGAGGCCUACGUCAAGAAGCUGGAGGCGGAGAUGCUGCAGGCGGCGAACGCGGGCGCCGUGGCGGAGGCCGUGCGGAUGGAGCAGCGCCUGGAGGACGAGAUCCUGGACUCGGCCGUCAGGGUCCUGUACAAGGACCGCGGCGACCCGGGGAAGGUGCGGCAGGACAAGGAGCAGAUCGAGGAGCUGGUGAAGAGGGACAAGCGCGCCGUGCAGCUACUCACGGGGCUGCUGGGUAGCAGCAGCGGCGGCAGCAGCGGCGGGGGAGCAGGCGAUGGCGAAGGAGGCGGCUCAGACCUCCUGGGAUUGGUCAGUGGUCUCUCGGCGGGCUCCAGCGGGGGUGGCGAUGACGAGGCAGGAGGCUCCGACGUCUUGAGUCUCGUCAGCGGCCUAUCGGGAUCCGUCAGUGGGGGCGGCGCUGCGGCGGAAGGAGGCGGCUCCGACGUGCUGAGCCUGGUUUCCGGUCUGCUGGGCAGCAGCAGCGGGGGUGGCGGAGGAGGAGGAGGCGAAGGGGGUGGCUCUGACGUGCUGUCCCUGCUCUCCGGGGUGCUGGGCAGCAGCAGCGGAGGGGGAGGCGACGACGCCGAAGGGGGUGGCGGCGGCUCCAACGUGCUGUCCCUGCUGUCCGGGGUGCUGGGUAGCAGCAGCGGCGGGGGAGGAGGAGACAGCGACUCCGGCGCGGGCGGCGGCGGCUCCGACGUGCUGAGUCUCGUCAGCGGGCUGUUCGGCAGCAGCAGCGGCGGGGCGGGAGGCGGCGCUACGGCGGACCUGGGUCCAGCAGACUUCACCGGCGCUACGUACGACGACCUCCUCGCCAAGAGCAGGUCGCAGUUCAACCCGAUCACCGCCAUCACCAACUCCAUAUCACAGGCUCUUCAGGUGAAGUUCACGGUGUUCAGGACUGCGCUGUCGCUCGUCGGCAACCUCAUCACCUCCUCUUCGGGCUCGUCCUCCGGGUCUUCGGGCGGGGCGGCGGAGGGCGGGGCCAGCGCGGGGGUGGGGGUGGGGGCCUCGGCGCAGUACCUGCCGCCCGCGUCCGCGUAG